GUCCUUUGCGGACUGUGUUGGGGAUGAGCUGCCGUGGGGCUGGGAAGCAGGGUUUGACCCCCAGAUUGGUGUCUACUACAUCGAUCAUGUCAACAAGACCACACAGAUUGAAGACCCCAGAAAACAGUGGCGGGGGGAACAGGAGAAGAUGCUCAAGGACUAUCUCUCGGUGGCUCGGGAUGCGCUCAGGACGCAGAAGGAGCUGUACCACGUGAAGGAGCAGAGGCUGGCCUUGGCCCUGGAUGAGUACGUCCGGCUAAACGACGCCUACAAGGAAAAGUCAAGUUCUCGCACGAGCUUAUUCUCAGGAUCUUCAUCCAGCACUAAAUACGACCCGGAUAUUUUGAAAGCCGAGAUCUCCACUACACGAUUGAGGGUCAAAAAGCUCAAGAGGGAACUCUCGCAGAUGAAGCAGGAGCUGCUGUAUAAGGAGCAAGGCUUUGAGACGCUGCAGCAGAUUGAUAAAAAAAUGUCCGGAGGCCAGAGCGGCUACGAACUCGGUGAAGCCAAAGCCAUUCUAACCGAACUGAAGUCCAUCAGAAAGGCCAUUAGCUCAGGAGAAAAAGAGAAACAAGACCUGAUGCAGAGUCUUGCCAAGCUGCAGGAGCGGUUUCAUUUGGAUCAGAGCAUUGGACCAGCUGAACCGGACUUGAGAUCCAGCCCAGCGAGCUCUCACUUAUCCCUCUCCAGACAGACCCUUGAUGCCGGGUCACAGACAAGCAUCUCUGGAGACAUCGCCAUGAGAAGUAGAUCAAACUUAGCAGAAAAGGUCAGACUGAGCCUCCAAUAUGAAGAAGCCAAGAGAAGCAUGGCCAACCUGAAAAUCGAACUGUCGAAACUGGACGGCGAGGCCUGGCCCGGGACGCUGGACGUCGAGAAGGAGAAGCUGAUGCUGAUUCACGAGAAGGAAGAGCUGCUGAAGGAACUCCAGUUUGUCACGCCGCAGAAACGCUCUCCCGACGAGCUGCAGCGCCUGGAGGCCGCGAGGCGGCGGCUGGAGGAGGAGCUGCUGCCCGUCAGGGGUGCGCCCAGCCCAGCGCUGGCCGAGAGGUUGAAAUUAGAAGAGCGAAGAAAAGAGUUACUACAGAAACUUGAAGAAACUACUAAAUUAACUACUUAUUUGCAUUCACAACUUAAGAGCCUCUCCGCCAGCACCCUGUCCGUGUCGUCCGGCAGCAGCCUGGGCUCGCUGGCCUCCAGCCGGGGCUCCCUCAACACCUCCAGCCGGGGCUCCCUCAACUCCCUCAGCUCCAGCGAGCUCUACUACGCCAGCCCGGCGGACCAGCUGGACGCAGACUACCAGUACAAGCUGGACUUCCUGCUGCAGGACAAGGGGGGCUACGCGCCCUCCGGCCCCAUCACCACCAUCCACGAGAACGAGGUGGCCAAGUCCCCCGGCCAGCCCGGCCAGAGUGGCUCCAGUGGGGUGGCCACGGCCGCCGGCCACACGCCGCCGCCCACCGAGGCCCCCAAGUCGGUGACCUCCCUGUCCUCCCGGUCCUCCCUGUCCUCGCUGUCCCCGCCCGGCUCGCCCUUGGUUCUGGAGGGCUCGUUCCCCAUGUCUGCCCACGACGCCCCCCUCCACCAGCUCGCUGCCGACUUCGAGGACUGUGAGUUGAGCGGCCACUUUGCGGACAUGGGCCUGGGCGACAGCCAGGCCCCGCUGGACUCGGAGGCGGGCAGCGCGGCCCGGCCGCUGCUGGAGGACUCCGGAGGUGCCAGGGAGCCGUUGUACGGAGGAGCUGCGGACACAGAAAAAUCAUUACUGAAAAGAAGAGUGAUCCACCUGCUGGGGGAGAAAACCGCCUGCGUGUCGGCAGCCGUGUCUGACGAGUCUGUGGCUGGGGACAGCGGUGUCUACGAGGCUUUCAUCAAACAGCCCAGCGAAGCUGAAGAUGCUACCUAUGGCGACGAGGAGGCUGCCGUCCUGGAGACCGCCCAGGUGCAAAUCGGACUCAGAUAUGAUGCAAAACGGUCGAGCUUCAUGGUGAUUCUAGCACAGCUCCGAAAUCUUCAUGCCUUCUUGAUACCUCACACUUCAAAAGUAUAUUUCAGGGUCGCUCUGCUUCCCUCUUCAACCGAUGUCAGCUGCCUGUUUCGAACUAAAGUCCAUCCAGCCACAGAAGCCAUUUUAUUCAAUGAUGUGUUCCGAGCCGCCAUUUCCCAAACAGCCCUGCAGCAGAAGACCCUGAGAGUGGACCUGUGUUCUGUCAGUAAGCACCGAAGAGAGGAGUGCCUGGCCGGGACCCAGAUCAGCCUGGCAGGCUUGCCGUUUUCCAGUGAAGCUUUCACUCUCUGGUACAACCUGCUUCCUUCCAAGCAAAUGCCAGGUACGAAGGCUGAGGACGACAGCGAAGACGCCGCCUUCCCACCCGGCCAGCCGCUGGUCGAGUCCAUAGACCUGGUCGCCGCCGCCUGGGCGCCCGUCCGUGCCAGGCGGGAGCUCACGCCGCUGCCCAAGCCGGCGCGUCCUGUUUUGUCCCGCGGCAGGUUAGCGAUGCUGCGAGAAGCCUCCGAAGAACUUCGGGCCGAGGAGGGGCCUGCAGUUAAGCUGCCAGGGGACAGCAGCUGCUCACAAGAGGCGGGUUCGUGCCCGAGCGUCCCCCAGAUGGUCGAAGACGCCUGCAGGAGAGACAGCCCCGGGGCCAGAGGCCCGGGCAGCCCCCCGCCGGCCGGCGCGCCCGUCCUGCAUCGGCAGCUGAAUCGCAGUGACAGUGACAGUUCUACCCUGGCUAAGAAAUCCCUGUUUGUGAGAAACUCCACUGAGCGGCGCAGCUUGAGGGUCAAAAGGGUGUGCCAGCCCACGCUCAGGAGAGCCUCGCAGGAGUGCCCGGUGCGCACGUCGCUGGACCUGGAACUGGACCUCCAGGCCUCCCUCACACGGCAGAGCCGCCUCAACGACGAGCUGCAGGCCCUGCGGGGCUUGCGGCAGAAGCUGGAGGAGCUGAAGGCUCAGGGGGAGACCGACCUGCCGCCGGGCGUGCUGGAGGACGAGCGCUUCCAGAAGCUGCUCAGGCAGGCGGAGAAGCAGGCUGAGCAGUCAAGGGAGGAGCAGAAGCAAGGCCUGAGCGCCGAGAAGCUCAUGAGGCGAGUGUCCAAGGACGCGUGUCGGCUCCGGGAGCAGAGCCGGAACAUCCCCCAGCAGGUGCAGUCCUUCAGGUAG